CUUAAAAGAUGUUGGUUGGUUUGUUUGAAUUCAAGGUCAAGUCGCGACUUAAGGUAGGUUAGUGGUUCAUCAGAUCACGCUAGACGCUAAUUUGGUUUAAAGUGCCGCUAAGUAUGACCUAACUGCGUUCAGAAUGCAAAUUCUUCAGGGAUAUAUAUUUACAUCAACCACCAUAAUUAAUCGGCUUAAGUAUUUCAGAAGGUGGUUUAGUUACAUUUACAGAACUAUAGAUGUUGGCAUUUUAAUAUCCUUCUAGUCCAAGAAACAAUUCAUUUAUUUAUUGACUAUCAUUAGUUAAAUACAUAGGCAUUUGAACAAGUAUUACAUAAACGAUUAAAUAACAUGAAAACAAUACGUGAUUUUGUUUGUGUUUACGAGUUACAGGAUGAACUUUAUCCUGUCUUGGUGGAGUGAAGGGAACUCCCGUACGAGGAUAUUGAUGGAAAUAAAUAAUACAAACUGUCAACUACAACCAUAUAAAGCAGACAAGUUUAUACACUUUGACGUAUUUAAACAAUUCGCAACCUAAUGAAUCAUUAAAAGGCAGUGUUUAAAUAAAAGGAUCAUCCGCUAAUAUUGAUUAGUGUCAAUCAACUGCUAAUUGGUAUAGUCCUAUUGGGACUACCAAUAAAUUAAAUACUAAUUAAGUAAUUGUGCAGUUAAAUCAUCACUUAGUUGACAAUCGUGUUCCGUACAUUACACAAGUGACCAGUUUGUGAGUGAAGACAUUAUAAGUGUUUUAAUUUAAUAACAAAAAUGGCAGUGACAAGAUUAUCGUUCGUGUCAGUUUUAAUUGUGCUCGUGAUAAGUUACAAGCAAGGUGCAGCACGUUCCACCGCGGAUAUAACAAAGACCGAGUUGGAUGUUGCUGAAGGGUUCCGGAUAGGCACAAAUGGCAAUAUAACAUUUAGGAUGCCAGCAAUUAUAUCAAGAAACGUUAUUAUAGUCAUCAAUGGAAUAAUAAACCCACAACAUGCAACGUUAACCGUGGAGUUGCCGUCAGAAAGUGGUGGGCCAAGUUGCCUAAUUCAAUACGACUUUAGUAAAAAUAUUCUAAAUAUAACACAAGCCGCUGAUGACACUGUCUAUGCCCUAUACACUGAUCUUCAAAUCACACCUGAACUUUCUGUUGGGCCUUCUUUUAUUUUGACCUUACAUGCAAGGGUCGACACUAACGAAAAACACUUGCUUGGUGUGACUUUCAAUGGAAACGGUGAUGGUGAAAGUGAACAAUUAUUGUGCAAGAUCCAGAAAUUCGAAGACAUUGAUAAAAUAGUGAUAAAGGAAGGUGUCGCAACAGUGAGCAGUUUGUUUUACAAAUUCAAGUGAAAACAUUAGAAAGCCAUUAAUUGUCAUCUAAAGUCACUUAUAGUUGAGUUAUUGUGAUGAGGAAACACAUUUAUUAUAGAGUAAAAUUAUUAACAGACGUGGCGUUCAUUACACGGGACUCAUGACAGAACUGGUGGAAAGCGAGUUUGUGUAAUUUAUCUCUUUUUGGCCAUACGUCGACGCUCUUUCGCACACUUCGGAUGCAUAUUGUAUUCAGUUUUUAACUUAGUAGUAUUAUUUCGUUCGUUGUGCUAAGAGCACGCAGAUAUUGUGUUAGUGUAAACGCCGGUAUUAGAUUAUUAGAAACCAGAGACCAGUCGACGAGCCUUACUUAAGCAGCCGCAAAUAAUCUCCGGAUAAACGGAAACGUCGGUGUCAAUAUGGGGACUGCGUUAUCACUAAAGAAUAUCAGAAAUCAAGAAAAAACGUUUUUGACACAAAAACAAUUGGAACUGAAUGAUGAAAUUACCAUCGAGUGCGAGAUUCCAAAGGAGAAUAAAAAAAUCUUGACAAUUGGAUUAGUGACAGGAAAUAGCCAACCAGAUCCUAAAAACGUUGCUUGUCAAGUAGAUGUGAAAGAAGAUAGAACUGUAGAAGUAAAAUCAGUUAAUAAGGGCACUAUCAAACAGCAUCCAAUAGACCCAACAAAAAUUGAUGGUACCAUAAUAAGUACAAAGUUUAUAGUAAGGCAAAGUAAGAACGUGGUGGAUAUACAUCUGGAUGAAUCACACUUGGCAUCUGUGCCUGUACUUGAUGUAAGCAGUAUCAGAUUUAUAUCUGUAAAAGGUGAUAUUACUAAAUUCACAAUACGUUUUGAGUAGCAAAACGUAUUAUAAAUUUAGUAAUAUCACCUUUAUUGUUUGUAUUAUCAGAACAAGAAACCAACUAAUAUGUAUUUUUAUCUAAUAUCUAUCUUAUGCUAAUAGGUACUGUCUUAUAGUUGGGCCAUUACAAACGUGCGAACUGAACAAUAAGUCAUUUGUUAGUUAUAAACACUAGUAUUGUAUAAGAGUAAUGUAUAAUAUCCUACUUAAGCAUUUAGAUAUUUUUACUGCCGCUGAAUAUUCCACCUUAAAACUAGUAACUUACGAUUUAUUUUUAUUUGUGUUUUUUUUUGUCAGUCGUGAGAAGACGUGAGAAGUAUUAAAUGGAGGUAUAUGACGUUGUCUUCUAAAUUCCACUAUUUAUCUCAUAUUAUAGUAUAUAUGUAGAUUAAACUAUGUAGUAUUGUUUCUGAGUACUGAUAUGCUACUCAAUGAACCUAAGUCCAUUAGUAUUACCAACAUUUGUGUAUGGAUGAAAUUUAUAUUGAUAAUGAAAAUUAUAUUUGUAUUAUUACUAAUCCCAGUGUUAAUUAAGGCGUUUCCUAUAGAGUGCUAUGGGGGAUAAUUAUUUUAGUCAACAUAUAAAGCGUUCCAAACUUAUCUGCCGUGGAUUUAAUGGGAGGUGGUGUUGUGUUUAAAGAUUACAAUGGUAAAUAUAAAUGAUUGAUUAUGAGUUUUUUUUUUCAUACAAAAAAAUAUGUAUGAGUUUGUUAUGACAGAGCUAUCUCUUCCACGGUCUCUAUCGCUUCGUCUAUGAAAAACAUUAUGCAUAUUUGUGAACUAUUUUAUGCAGAGUAGAGUUAAAAUUUAACUUUUAUGUACCCUCAAAUGAAUUAACUGGUCCUGGAAAUUUCUUUACCAUUGUAAUCUUCAAACACAACACUACCUGCCAAUAAAGUCGUGGCAGACUAUUUUAGAACACCUUAUGCGUAUAAUUCGAUUUAACUUAUCAAAUAAGACGUGAGAAGCUUUUGAGUAUUCUUGUCAAAAUCUUUGUUUAUAAUUGUUUGUCUCUAAGUAUCUAUGUCCCUCUAUGUUAUAUGCUUAGACGUGUAAAAUCAACUUGUAACAAGAUUAUGAAUACAAUUUUAAUCUCAUUUGUUUUGUUUUAACAGAAUCUCAGAAUACUUAAUCCCUACAAAUCUAUAUCUAUACCGUAUGGGCAGACCUUUUAUGACUUAAUUUAAGCCACGUAUUUGUUAUCACAUUGGCUGAUGAAUCUGAU